GCUUUGGCCCACCACAAGGGCAGCGUCUUCGGCGGGCUCGGAGAGAAGACUCAGCCCAGCUCGGAGUAUAUGAGGAAUGCCGUCGCAUUGCAGUGGGCAUCGCUGAACUCGUCGCGCUGGGUGUACUUGGAGGAUGAGGGCCCUCGCAUUGGCACGGUGGUGCUGCCAAGUGCUCUUUACCGUCGGCUUCGUCAAGCUGCGCUGGUGCUUCACUUGGAUGUGCCCUUCGCGCUGCGUGCCGAACGUUCGCUGGCUCUCUACGGCUCCUUUGGCGCGGAGGCCCUGUGUUCAGCAGUGGAGAAUUUUCGACACCGCAUGGGCCACAGCCGCACAGAUCUGCUUCAGCAGAAACUGCGCGAAGGGGCGCUCCGGGAAGUUUGUGAGGAGAUCUUGCAGAACUACGACAAGGCCUACAGCUACCAUCUGAAAAGGGGGCGAGCGGGCAGCGGGCAGAUCCUGCGUUUGGCCGUC